GCUCUGGGUUCUCUUGUAAUUUUGAUUUGAUUUGAUGUAUUGGAGGUUUCCAACGGAGGAGAGGCAAUGGCGUGCUGCUUGGCUAAGUGAAAAUGAGGCUUCUGUUAAGGAUCUGGUGUUACACUUAGGUGUCUAAGGCAAAUUUUUCUAAAGACCAGUUUAUAUUUUGCCACUAUAUGCUUCUUAUAUGGUUUGUUUACAUUUCCUUGUUUCUUUGGGACUUUGCUUAAGCUGAUGCAUUGGGAAAAUCAUUUUGGCAAAUUUGUUGACACUGCAAAGGUUUUUAGUUACCAUCACUGGAAACCUUACCCUUUACUUGAUUUUUCCUUGGCAAGCAUGGGUAAACCAAGACUAGCUCACCCAUCUAUAAGUAUAUGAUCUUUAAUGUCGCACCUUUUUUUAGCAGGACUGCAACUUGUGACCUACCUCAAUUUUCCUCCAUAUGCAGCUUGUUUCAUUUCUAACUUGAGAUUUUAGUGCAAAUUAGAAUUGAUAGCAUAAAGCUUUGUUGUUCAGAUUAUGUCAAAUGGAGUUUACUUGCCUUUAUGAUUGUGUUGAGUCCUGUGCUGUAAUUUCCUCUUUGGUUAGGCUUGGCUUUGACUUGCAAUGUUUGUUAAUUGUCAUUUUAGGAGGUUCUAGUCAUGAUUGGGUGGUUAAGUGGUUGUUUAUACAUGGCAAAACAUCUUCUUGCUACUAUAGGGAUAUUUUUCUUGUAAAUUGGUUAUUCUUUGUGCUAAGAAGGUUAUUUUUCUUUUCUUGAUUUUCAUGUUGGUAUGAAAGUAUCAUACAGCCAUGAUGCUUAUUGGGGGUUAAAUAAUUUAGAUAGAAUAAAUGUAAAUUUUGUAUGACCAACUAAUAACUUACUUGGUAGCCACCAAUUUUAAAUCUUG